AUGCUUGAGCAAGAGAAGGAGCAGAUUUUGGACAUGUUGAACAGCGUUAGCCUGAACACUGAGUUGCUACGGCUUGGACAAGGUGAUCGUGAGGAUAUUACUGCAAUCACCAAUCGUCUCGCCGCCAGAACGAAGACCGUUGAUGUGUCUGUAAAUACCCCACGCAGUACCGAACAGGAACGUGCCUUAUCAUCUGUGAACAACCUCAUUGAAGGAGUCGUCGAGAAAAUGCAAGAAGACAUGCAGGCUGGAAAAGAGACUUGUCGCCGUUAUCUGAAUGCAUGUAAUCCCGACCAACCGGACGGCCCAAUCGAUCAGAGAUUCCAAGCACAGCUUAUUGAAUGUACCGCCGAUGACCAGAAGAAGAUUCGCAGAAAACUCGGCCAGAUCAUUGCUCAAUUUGAACGCGCUGAACGUACUUUCACACCACAUUGGUAG